CCUCCCAGCAAAAUGCUGUCCAGCAUCUUGGGGAAGAGCAACCUCCAGUUUGCGGGGAUGAGUAUCUCUCUGACCAUCUCCACUGCCAGCCUGAACCUGCGGACCCCCGACUCCAAACAGAUCAUAGCGAAUCAUCACAUGCAGUCCAUCUCCUUCGCCUCUGGGGGGGAUCCGGACACAACAGACUAUGUGGCAUAUGUAGCUAAGGACCCUGUGAAUCGCAGAGCUUGUCACAUUCUAGAAUGCUGUGAUGGGCUGGCCCAAGAUGUCAUCGGCGCCAUCGGACAAGCCUUCGAGCUCCGGUUUAAGCAAUACCUGCAGUGUCCUUCCAAGAUCCCUGCUCUCCACGAUCGAAUGCAGAGUCUGGAUGAGCCAUGGACAGAAGAGGAGGGAGAAGGCUCCGACCACCCGUACUACAACAGCGUCGUAAGCAAGAUGCCUCCUCCAGGAGGGUUCCAUGACGCUCGACUGAAAACCAGACCCCAAGCUCCUGACACAGCCCAGUUUGCAGGAAAAGAGCAAACGUAUUACCAGGGAAGACACUUAGGAGACACGUUUGCUGAAGACUGGCAGCCAACAGCUGUCAGGCAAGGGUCAUUGGACAUCUACAGCAUGCCAGAAGGGAAACUGCACAUAGAACCCACAGGAGAAGCACCCACCUAUGUCAACACCCAGCACAUCCCACCGCAGGCAUGGCCGGCUGCCGCCAUCAGCAGCACAGAGAGCAGCCCACGGAAAGACCUCUUUGACAUGAAACCUUUUGAAGAUGCUCUCAAGACCCAGCCUUUGGGGACCGUGUUGAGUAAGGCAGCCUCCGUGGAGUGCCUCAGCCCCGUGGCACCCAGAGCCCCGGACGCCAAGAUGCUGGAGGAGCUGGAGGCAGAGCCUUGGUACCAAGGAGAGAUGAGCAGGAAGCAGGCAGAGGGGCUGCUGGAGAAAGACGGAGACUUCCUGGUCAGGAAGAGCACUACCAACCCGGGCUCCUUUGUCCUCACGGGCAUGCACAACGGCCAGGCCAAGCACCUGCUGCUGGUGGACCCAGAAGGCACAGUGAGUACCCAGGUGUGGGGACCUUCCAUGAGCACAUACCUACUGUAUUAG